CCACUCAAUAUAUAUACACACAGGUCUGCAGCUUUUCUCAAAUUGGUACUGUAAAUAAAUUCUUGGCAGCCUGUUCCUUCAUCAAAGCUAAGUCCCAGGAUCAGAUAGCGUUUCUCAAACUGGUUGCUAGCUCAUCAACUCAAGAUUAUGGCUGAUGAUAUGGUCGUCACGCAGCAUCAGGUGGAGGUGGAGGUGGAUGGGUUGCCAACUGAAAUGGCCAAGCACGGCCUCCUUCGCUACAACUCUCCGUUGGCACAGGUUUUCCUGAUAGGUCUGGUGUGCUUCUGCUGUCCCGGCAUGUUCAACGCGCUCUCCGGCCUCGGUGGUGGUGGUCAACUCGACCACGCCACCAUCGACAAGGCCAACACUGCCCUCUACACCUGCUUUGCCGUCUUCGGCGUUGUCGGUGGUGCAGCUCACAAUCUAUUUGGCCCACGCAAUACCCUUCUCCUAGGUGCCCUCGCCUACCCACUCUAUGCCAUGUCCUUUCUUUACUACAACCACCACCACACAAACACCUUCGCCGUCAUUGCCGGGACCCUCCUUGGUGCUGGCGCAGGCCUCCUCUGGGCUUCCCAGGGUGCCAUUCUAACCUCCUACCCACCCGCAGACCGCCGCGGCACCUACAUCUCUAUCUUUUGGUGCCUCUACAAUCUUGGAGGCGUGUUCGGAGGAUUGUUUCCUUUCUCUUUCAACUACCACCGUGGUAGCCGCAAGGCUGCAAGCGUUAACGACGGAACUUACAUUGCGUUCAUGGCCUUCAUGCUCAUCGGAGCUGCACUCACCCUCCUCAUCUUGCCGCCCAACAAGAUCGUCCGCGAUGAUGGAAGCAAGGCCACAGGGUUCGCGUACUCAGUGGCCAAAGAGGGCACUGAGAUCCUCAAGCUCUUCACCAAUUGGAAGAUGUUGCUCGUGCUCCCUGCUGCCUGGACCAGCAACUUCUUCUACACCUACCAGUUCAACAAUGUCAACGGUGUCCUCUUCACUCUCCGCACCCAGGGCCUCAAUAACGUCUUCUACUGGUGCGCACGAAUGGUAGGCUCUGCCGGCAUCGGAUACUUGCUUGACUUUGGCUUCGCUAGCAGCUGCAGGAAGAGGGGGCUCAUUGGGGUCACUAUUGUCACUGUGCUUGGCACUGCCAUUUGGGGAGGAGGCCUCGCCAACCAGCUCAGGUACAGGGAUGGACAGUGGCAAGAAGAGCUUAUUGACUUCAAGGAUGGACGACGAUACGCUGGCCCUUUUCUACUCUUCUCCAGCUACGGGCUACUGGACGCCAUGUUCCAGAGCCUCGUCUAUUGGAUCAUUGGCGCCCUAGCAAAUGAUUCGCAGAUGCUCAGUAGAUAUGUUGGGUUCUACAAUGGGGUACAGAGUGCUGGAGCUGCUGUCGCAUGGCAAAUCGACAUGCACAAGACUUCCCUAAUAACCCAGCUGAUUGUGAACUGGGCACUUAUGACUGUCAGCUGCCCGUUGCUGGUCCUGCUGCUGUUAUUGGCUGUCAAGGACUAGGAUAACGAGAGAGAUCAUAAGUGGUAUUAGGAAGGGAACAUUAUAUUGGGAUGAUGCCCAAAAUAAGUCAAUAAUAACAUCUUAACAACAACGGCAUGCACAGUUUGUAACAUCAAGAAUUGAAUAAAGUAUCUCCAUCGUUUCUUGUUCAACACAUAUCAUUUUGGAGGCAUCUAUGUGUUGAACUGUGAAGCAUUCAAGUUAGGCGUUCUUUGGCUGUCAUGGAUGAUAUAGGAAGAUUCAGUUUGUUCAUUGGACUUGGAGAACACGGUAAGGAGGGAAAUACUAGGCUAUCUGCAGUUCCGCACCAACAACAGCAACCACAAAGCAUGUAAAACAAAAAAGGGCAUUUGUUUUCCGCGCGGUCUCUAUACAGAGAAGGACAGAUGGCCUAGCUCGAGCCUGUGGUGAUGCAGUCUCAAGACUUAGGACGACGGAGAAGCGCGGUGGCGUGUGCAUGCCGUCUCACUUCACUUGGUUGAAGAAGACGGCGGCGGAAGCCUGUGCUCGGGUCAGGGAGGGAGCAAGGGAAAAAAAAUUUCUGUGCCACCACAGCACACGGUGCCAGGUCGGACACGGCGUAGACCGCUACCGUGUGUGUCCCAAACUCCAAUCCAAAUUAAAACACUUGCUGCAGGCAUGCGGCUCCACAUGGUGUUGGACUCGGCUCUCCUCAGUUUAAAGCAGUUGCAUGGGAUACCAAUGUGCCCGUUUUUUUU